AUGUGUGGGUUUGUACGCGCAUACGUGCCUGCCAGCGAUGAGUUCCCCAACGAGAAUGAGCAUGCGCCUCAUAUGGUCUCUGGUCUCAUCAGAAAAUACUUGAUAACGAAUAAAUCAGUAUCUGAAUUACAUGCUCAAUAUUCAUUUUUGGAACUAACAAAACUAUGCAAUUGUCAAAUUAAUUCUCAUAGUGUAACCAUAGACACCAAAAUAAUGGCGCAAAGAGCAUCCGGAAGAGAUGACGAAUACUGA